UUAAGCAGUCGCCGCCGGCCGGACGGGCACCGCUCCCUUCUCUACCGGCCCGCGCGCCCUAGCCCGGCAUGUCGGCUGCCGUGGCGUGCGUGGACUACUUCGCCGCCGACGUCCUCAUGGCCAUCUCUUCGGGCGCCGUGGUGCACCGCGGGCGGCCCGGCCCCGAGGGCGCGGGCCCCGCCACUGGCCUGGAGGUGCGCCCCGCACGCCGCGAGGCCGCCCCGCCCGGGGCCCCGGCGGCGCCCCCACCUCCGCCGCCUCCCACCUCGCUGAGCCUCGGCUCAAGCUCCGGGGCCCCGGCAGCCGCGCCCCACCUGCUGGCAGCCAGCAUCUUGGCCGACCUGCGCGGCGGGCCCUCGGCCGCCCCGGGGGGCGCCUCUCCCGCCUCCUCCUCUUCGACCGCCUCGUCUCCGGGCUCUGGCCGCGCCCCCGGCGCUGCACCCGCCACCGCCUCCGCCGCCGCCGCCAAGAGCCACCGCUGCCCCUUCCCGGGUUGCGCCAAAGCCUAUUACAAAUCUUCGCACCUGAAGUCGCACCUGCGGACACACACAGGUGAACGCCCCUUUGCUUGCGACUGGCCAGGCUGUGAGAAGAAGUUUGCGCGUUCCGACGAGCUGGCCCGUCAUCACCGGACGCACACCGGUGAGAAGCGAUUUCCCUGCCCACUGUGCAGCAAGCGCUUCACUCGCAGUGACCAUCUGACGAAGCACGCACGGCGACAUCCCGGCUUCCGUCCGGAGCUGCUCCGGCGUCCCGGCACCCGAGGCGGUUCGCGCGGCGGCUCGCCCAACGACUCCCUGGCCGGCAGCCCCGCACCCAGCCCUGCGCCCAGCCCGGCUCCUGCUGGCCUGUAGAGGGCCUGUGCUUCCGUGUGCCCACCCCUCCACCCCACCCCGCUGCUGGGGGCCUCGGCUUGGACCACCAGCAACGUGAGGACACACACGCCUGUGUCCAGGGCCAGGCGGGGACACUGCGGACGCCCCUGCCUGCCUGGAGCAAGCCAGGCAGGGGGCCCUGUCCAGGUGACAGGGGAUGGCCAGCCCGGCCUGCCCAGGGCGCGGGCAGCUGUCUGUGCAAAGCCACAACUGUUCACUUCUUUCCACCCUGUUAAUAUGGAGCCCUGGUGGGCAACCCUGUCCCGCCCUCCCCCUGCCGUCCCUCCCCGUCUAACCCCCCACUAAAAGCCAUUGCAUAUGUUCAGGGAAAUUAGGGGCAGGGCGCAGCCUGGACAGCCGUCCCCCCCAUCUCAGGUGUCCCUAGGUUCUGCCCACGGGAGGGGCCGCCUGGCACCCCCAGUGCUCUGGGCAGGGCUGGGCAGCUGCUAGGAUUUCUAGAAGGAUCCGGGUCCUACUUUUUGAGACUGUGGGAAAGAGAAGGGGGGGAUAAGAAACAGGUUCAUCCAAAGAGUGUGGCAGGGGAGGGGUGGGGGCGGCCUGCCGUGCUCAUCCCCUCGCUGGAUGCCCCCCCCCCGACUUUGGCCUUGUGGAGUUGUGUGACAAUCGGGAGCCCAGGGGCUCCGGGCAGCAGGAGGUCCAGGGCUCUCCUGCCAACUGGGAGAGUUCGUGGGUGUGUCUUUUUCUUUUUGUGGGGUGGGUAGAGUAUUUUUUCAGGCACCAAUCCCUUUUUAUCCCCAGGGGGGUGCGCGUGUUGG